AAUAAUAAUUUUAACAUUUGACUAGGUGCAAUGAUUGGUUUACUUAUGAAUUUAAAAUGAGUUGGCAUUUAACAUGUUGAAAAAAUUAAACACUUUAAAAUUAGAUGAGGAAGAGAGAGAUUGUCGAUAUGGUGUGAUCUCAUUAGCCAAAGAAAAAGUAGUGCUGAUGACUUUUGAUUGUGUUGAAUUUUUUUCUCUCCUACAUUACUAAGGUGCUCUAAAGGUUGUUGAGUUUGCUUUAGUUAUUUUCUCUUGUCUCCGGGUGGUAACUUGUACCACAUGCAGAUGCGUGCCUACAGUGUAUUGAAAAAGGCAUUCGCCUCAGACCCCCGAUUAAUAUGACUGUUUUUAGGGCCCCAAAAUUUAAAAUAAUUUAUAGUCUAGUAGUUUAGACUUAUUUAAGAAAAAAACAUUUCUACGAAAAUUAAUUAACUCACUUUCUGAAUUCAUGUAUUUUUUUUCUAUAUGACAUAAUAUAACAUAUUUACAUAAUAAAUUUAUUCUUUUACAGUAUUAGACUUGUGUAUUUGGUGAAAAUAAUAUAUCAUAUUAGAAAAUUGUUUUCAUUACGGUUGUAAAUAAGUUUAUUUUUAAAACUUGUCUUGGACCCCUAAAACUCUUCGCACGGCACUGACCACACGGAUUUAUGGCUUUGGAAAGAUGCCAUAUCUUUGCUGGCUUUGUGUAGUGAUCUGUUCAAAUCAAAUUCUAAUCUAAUAGAUGACAAAAAGGAUAGCUAUGUUGGUUUCUUACCACUAAUGGUGUUCUAAAACAUUUUCUUUGUAAACAGUUUUCUUCUUAGUGAUCUUUAAACAUCAAGUUUAGAGCUACUAAUUUUCGAUACCGGCCACUUGUUUUAUAAAAUGUUAUGGUUCAGAGGAUGAGCGGCUUCGAUCAUUCCUCAUCUUCAAUCAUUGAUUGUAUAGCUCAAACUUCCCGUGAUCGUAUAGUAUUAUAAUACUAACUUUUUAUAGGAACAGUCAGCUAUAUUUUCUAUCUUUUAAAACUUUCCCUCAUAUCACAAGAAUCAACAAAACAUGUGUGGAAACUGUCGUAGUUGUCUUGUAACCGUUUUUCUAAGAUUAAUAAAACGUGGUAGUCACCAGAGCCUGCUCAACAAAAUUUGGUACACUUGAACGAAAAAAAUAACUAAAAAGUACAAUUAAAAAUUAUUUUUCUACUUUUAAUAGUAAUAGGUCAUGAGAGGUUCGCACUACCCCGCCUUAGAGCACCCCCAUUAGUGAACUUAUGGGGGGGUUCACACAGAUUCCAAAAAAAAAAAAUAUUAAAAUAAGGAAUAGUGAUGAACCUGUCUCUCUCCACCACUUCCCAGUGAACCUGGUUCAUCACUGUAGCGCGGACCCCACGGCACGUGGCGGCCCGCGACUGGUCCGAAAAAAUAAUUUUUUUUUUUUAAAACAAAAAUCAAACCAAAAAAAAAAAUAAUAAAAAAAUGCUUUGUGAACCCUUUUCAUGGGGUUCACUAAUGGGGAUGCUCUUAUUAUCUAAGCCGGCUCUAGUAGUCACUUUGAAAGAAGAAAGAACUAUCAAUGGUUAACCACACUUUUGGCUAGGAUGCUCAACUCUAAACAAACUCAGAUAGAACCGAGAAAAUUAACAGAGAUACAGAAGAAAGGGAUUUUUUUUGUCACAAAAAAAAACAGUAAAACUGAACUAUAGUGAACAUACGUAAUCUCAUCCGUUAACCAACGGUCCAAAACAAGGCCUAAACCGACAAAACUAAAUAAACAAACAAUUUUAAGAACUAGUAGCAAAAAUAAAAUAAAGAACCGUGGAGUAAAAAAAAAAAGAUAGGCAUCUUCUCAAUUCUCAAUGUGUGCGCAUGUAUGUAUACACAUUUUUUUUUGAAACUAGCAUGUAUGUAUGUAUGUAUACACAUCCGUGCAUAAAUACCCGAUUACAUGCACUCACAUUUUGUUCAUCCAGUAACAUUCAAAUCUCAUCAGCUAAAUAAACUCAAAAAGGAUGAAUCCUAUGUUUUACUUCCUUCUUGCCUUAACCGCUGUUUUUGCCGCGAAAACACAAGCCGGUGGACCCAUUUUCGACACUGAUGGUGAUGUCAUAUUCGGCAGCACUAGUUACUAUGUUCUCCCCAUCUUCUGGGGCGCUGGAGGUGGCGGUCUAACUCUCGUCCCCGGCCAUGGCAACCAAUGUCCCCUCUUUGUCGGACAGUACGGUUCAGACCUGAAGAGGGGCAUUCCCGUAAGAUUCUCAAACUGGAGGUCUAGAGUUACGAACGUUCCCGAAUCAGAGAACCUCAACAUCAAGAUGGAUACCGAACCAACGAUCUGCCCGGAUUCACUGUAUUGGUGGGUCACUCCGGCGGUCAUGAGUGACUUUAGAACGUUUUUCAUAACGGCUGGUCCUAAGCCAGAAGCUGGAGAAGAAGAUUCGUCCAGGAGUUUCUUCCAGAUCAUCAAGAAAACUGUAGGACAACUUGACGCUUACAACAUUGUAUUUUGUAAUGACCAUAACGAUUGCGUCGAUGUCGGUGUAAAUACGGACCAAGGUGGCGUUCGGCGUUUGGAUGUAGGCUCUACUACGCCAUUCAAUGUUGUGUUCGAGAAAACUACUAGGACAGCGACUUUAUCCAAGACUAUGUCCAUUAUCUAAGAGAAAUUAAAGACUACAAAAUGAAGAGGAGAAGAGCUAUAACUUACGUCUAAUAAUAAAACUCUUAUCUUAUCUUUUUGUCAGCUUAAUAAAACUCUAUCUAUGUUGGCUGUUUUCUUUGUUCAUCAAUCAUCAUCAUAUCUGGAAGAAAACAUCUUUCCUUUGUUUCUUA